AUGGCUGCAAGGAGAAACCUCCGCGGGACUGCUGAAUUGGUCGUCGACACCAUCGUCGACCGUGCUGUCGACAUCGAGAGGAAUUACAGGCCUGGUGUUGAUUUAUCAAUGGGCAUAGCCACUUACAAUGCUAUCCCAAUUGCUACUUCGACCCGUGCUCUGGGAGAGUGGGUUUUGCCUCGUGAGAAAAUAUAUCAACAUCGGUGGUAUAUCGCAAGCCUCUGGGGUGGUCGUUCAGCCAAUAUCAUGGGAACUGCCAUUCACACUGACUUCUUCGCCUCCCUCUUCAGCUCGAUUGACGUACACAACUACUCCCAUGUUCAUUAUACCCUUCAAUUCCAGGCUCGAGAGAGAGAGAGGACGAAGCAGUGA